AUGGCUGCAUUUUAUGCUGGUUUCCCUGAAACUGUACCUGUUAGAACCGUGAACAGGCAAUGUUCAUCAGGUCUGCAAGCUGUAGCCGAUGUUGCUGCAGCUAUCAAAGCUGGGUUUUAUGACAUUGGAAUUGGUGCUGGGUUAGAGUCGAUGACUGUUAAUCCUAUGGCUUGGGAAGGAUCAGUCAAUCCAAGGGUGAAGACAAUGGUUCAAGCACAAGAUUGUCUCCUUCCAAUGGGUAUCACUUCAGAAAAUGUCGCUCAUCGUUUUGGAGUAACAAGGCAGGAACAAGAUCAGGCUGCAGUUGAGUCGCACAAGAAAGCUGCUGCUGCCACUGCGUCAGGCAAAUUUAAAGAUGAGAUAAUACCAGUUCAAACCAAGAUUGUGGACCCUAAAUCUGGGGAUGAGAAGUUGGUGACACUAUCCAUUGAUGAUGGAAUCCGUCCAAACACUUCAGUGGCAGAACUGGGCAAGCUGAAAGCAGUUUUCAAGAAAGAUGGAUCAACCACUGCUGGGAAUUCUAGCCAAGUGAGUGAUGGUGCUGGAGCUGUGCUUCUCAUGAAGAGAAGUGUUGCCAUGCAGAAGGGGCUCCCUAUUCUUGGUGUAUUCAGGAGCUUUGCUGCCGUUGGUGUGGAUCCUGCAGUCAUGGGCAUUGGUCCAGCUGUUGCUAUUCCAGCUGCGGUAAAAACUGCUGGUCUUGAACUCGGGGAUAUUGAUCUUUUCGAGAUAAAUGAGGCAUUUGCUUCCCAAUAUGUAUACUGCCGUAAGAAACUUGAGCUCGAUCCUGAAAAGAUCAAUGUCAAUGGAGGUGCCAUGGCUAUUGGACAUCCCUUGGGUGCAACAGUCCCUGUCUCGCUGGUGCCUGAGUCAUCUUCUGUGCUUCUGCAUUAA